AUGGGAAUAACCAAAGUUUCAUCAUGAUGUGUUUCCUCAUUAGCAGUAGCCUCUGGCAGUCAGGAGUGUGGUUAAUGAUUGCUGCACUUGUCCAAUGCAUUGUGUAUAGUGACGUUGCCUUGCAGCAUUUUCCAGAAAGAGUGUCCACUCAGUUUCGCUCCCUUCACACAGACUCUUCACCUCAUGGGUACUCACUGCUCAGGUCUGAGCACAAGAUUUGACCUAAUUAACGACCACACAGGAUUGCAAAGUCUAAGCACCCUGAGCAUGGUCCUUCCGAGAGACGUCUGCUGUUACUUGCCUGUUAAUUACAAAGAAUCACAUGCACAAAGCAGGCUGUGUUUCCACAAUGACUCCCACUGCCCCGUGUGCCUGCAGACAGCCACCUUCCCCGUGGAAACGAACUGCGGACACCUCUUCUGCGCUCCCUGUUUAAUUGAAUACUGGAGGCAUGGCUCGUGGCUUGGAGCGAUCAGCUGCCCUCUCUGCAGACAACAAGUGAGUAUUCUGUGCAACCUCUUUCAUGAAAACCAGGUUCCUCUAUACGCGGAGUCGUGCGGGGAUCAGUCUCCAGGCCCGCCUGGGCUCACUGCGCUGCCCUCUGGUUCUGUGCAGGUUGCGGAUUACCUCUACGACAUGCCUCUGUUCCUCAGCCUGGCCCUGAGGGGGCAGUUCACCAUGGGCGGGCUGGUGUGGAUCUUCUGCCUGAGGAUUGCGGUGUGCUGCUGCGGGGCCGUCGUGUCACUCUCCUCCCUGCUCGGCGUCUUUCCAGAGCCGCUGUGCGGGGUCCUGGGGGCCGUGGAUCAUCUGAUGGUGGUGUUCCUCCUGCUCAUCUGCAUGAUCAACAUCAACCAGCAGAUGGGGCCAGAGAGAGCCAACAUUGCCAACAGCACCACGCAAGGAGUGCUGUUAGACUCGCUGUAGGGAGCGGAGCUGUGGACACUGUGUUUGUGCACUAUGAUGGGAGAGACAGGGUCAUGGGACCAAACCCAACUAGGGUCCUAAUGGAGGCAGUCUGUUAUAGCUGUUAUUGAGCUAUGUAA